AUUCACAAAAACGUUCUCCUCAAGUCUACGUGGUUUGAGAAGGCACUCUGUGGGAACUUUGCAGAGGCGGCAGCCCAGUCACUCGACUUUCCCGAGGAGGACCCAGCCAUCUUCCACUUCCUCGUCGCCUACCUGUACGAAGAUAGAUAUGUCCCGACCAGGCCUCUGUCCAGUGCGCUCCUUUCGGAAGAGGCACGGGGAAACGUCAUGACCAUGGACAUAGACUCGGAUCAAAUCAGCGACAACGAAGACGUUGGUAACGAUGGUGAUGACAGCGACGGCACCGACUACUCCCUGCCGCGUCGAAGCCGAGUCGCAGGUCGGGGCCAGAGCGAAGACGAGCGCGCGGGACAGAAGCGCCCGGGCCAACACCGACCAGAGUGUGGUUGCCCGCAGUGUUAUGAACCCCCUUGCAUGUCGUGCGGAUUCCCACUGGGCGGAAACCCGCUGGGCAUGCUGCCUCUGGCAGGCCAACAACCUCCAGUGUUCAGGCCUGCUGAUGCUGCCGCCCAGCCAGCUCGGCGCAACCAACCUCCACGGAUCCAGGGCCAGGACAUGCGCACGUGGCUCAUGACAUACGAGCUCAACAUCGACGUGUACAUCUGUGCCAACAAGUUUCUGCUGGACGGGUUCAAGCAAAAGGUCGCCCGCGUGAUGAUCGACAUGCUCGAGGCGGCAGGCGCCGACGCCGCGCGGGUCGAAGUCCUCAGGCUCUGCACGAAGCUCUACGGCGGGGUCAGCGAGAACGACAGCCUGCUGAAGAUGAUCUUUGCGAGGGUUGGGUUCCUGCAGACUGCGCUGUGGAGGAGGGCGCCUGUCGAGACGAACCAGUUCCUGACGGAGAACCCAGAGGUCGGUGCGCUGAUCCUGAAGGAGAUGGCGAUACGACGCGAGGCGGAUCUCUCCUCUGGAAUCCCGAGCAUGGAG